AUGGCGGCGCAGUGGCUCCGUCCGGCGAUAGCUUCCGGCGCAGGUGAGAUACGAGGAAUGAAUCUGAGAUCCCCAAAUGUCUCGCAAUUACACAUGAACCCUUGUUACAAUUUCGAGUUUGAAAACCCUAAUUCGGCUGGGAAUUCGCCAAUCGGGAGACUAAGAGUAGAAGAAGGAGAGAUGACAGGAAACAAAAGCCAAGAAUAUUCACCAGCCGCACUCCCAUUUUUCCACAUAUACUCGCCUCAAUCGUCUCUUUCAUCACCAACCCAUGUCGUCGGAGGAGCCAUCCCGGAAGCGCAAUUGUCAGGAGGCGACCGCAGCCUCCGCCGCCGCCGCAGUACCUCCGUGACCAUCGAAGCCGACCCAUUGGCGGCAAACUACGGCGAGAUCCCGUUGAACGAACUGCAGUCGAAGGAAAUCUCCGGGAAGAAGUGGAAGGAGGUGAAGGACCUGACCGCCCGGCUGAAGGACCAGGAGGUGCUGAUACGGGCCGCGCAGGCGAUCCGGGCCGUGGGUAAGAAGGUGGCGUUCGUGGUGGUGAGGGAGAGGGGGUUUACGGUGCAGUGCGUCUUGACUGUGGCGCAGGAUCUGGUGAGCCCGCAGAUGGUGAAGUUCGCCACUCGCCUGAAAGGUUUUAGCGUCCUUCAUCGCAGUAUUGGAAGUGUUUCUGGUUUAUUGUGUGUGGCUUAUCUGUUUUAUGUGAUUGUGGCUUCUCGUGAAGCUGGCUACUUGUUGCAUUUGCAUUUUAUAUGUGGUCUCAUGGUGGAGAUUCAAGUGAGGAAGCUUUAUUGUGUGAACAAGGCUAUUCCCACACUGCCCUUCAACAUUGAGGAUGCAGCCAGAAGUGAAGUCGAAAUAGAAAAGGCUCUUGAGGCAGGUGAGCCGCUCGUGCGUGUAAAUCAGGACACUCGUUUGAAUUAUAGAGUUCUGGACUUGCGCACCCAUGCUAAUCAGGGUAUUUUCAGAAUUAAGAGGCAAGUUCAGAAUAUAUUUAGGCAGUUCUUGCUGUCUGAAGGCUUUGUGGAGAUCCACACGCUAAAAUUAAACAAAGGAACACCUGCAUGCCUGGCACAAGCACCUCAGCUUCACAAACAAAUGUUUAUUUAUGGUGGUUUUGGCUGUGUAUUUGAGAUCGGACCAGUCUUCAGGGCAGAGGAAUCAUCCACACACUGGCAUUUGUGUGAAUUCACAGGUCUUGAUGUAGAAAUGGAGAUAAGGAGCACUAUUCAGAAUUAUGCAUCAUUUUAUCUUAGCUUCAACCUACUUUGUAGAUUGGGUUUUGUGAGAUAUGAUCUGGGAUCAUUUGUGCAGGUGAUGGAUGUUGUGGAUCGCUUAUUUGUGGCGAUGUUUGACAGUUUGAAUGAGACAUGUUCUAAGGAGCUUGAAGUUAUCAAUAGGCAAUAUCCUUUUCCGAAAUUGAAGUAUUUGCGCAAGACCUUACGGCUUACCUUUGAAGAAGGGGUGCGAAUGCUGAAGGAAGCUGGCGUUGAAAUUGAUCCCCUUGGAGAUCUCAACACAGAAUCAAAGAGAAAGCUUGGCCAGCUUGUACUUGAGAAGUAUGACACGGAGUUCUUUAUCCUUCACCGCUAUCCUUCGUAUGUAAGGCCAUUCUAUACUAUGCCGUGCGUUGAUAAUCCAAACUACAGCAACUCAUUUGAUGUUUUCAUCCGAGGUGAGGAAAUUAUAUCAGGGGCUCAGCUUGUUCACGUGCCCGAGCUUUUGACUGAGCGCGCACAGGCAUGUGGAAUUGAUGUUGAGACGAUAUCUACAUACAUUGAUUCCUUCAGGUAUGGAGCACCACUGCACGGCGGGUUUGUAGUGAGGGUGGAGCGUGUGGUGAUGCUUUUCUGGGCUCUGAUGAAUAUCAGGAAAACAAGUCUUGCGCCAUAAUUCUCGUUUUCGGUUUCUUCAACUCGCAUAUUUAGGGAUUGUAUAUAGAUUCCUUCAGGUGCAUAUAGUUAUACAAAGUUUCUAAUUCAGUUUUUUGUUAUAUUUCAUAAUGAUUGUAUAUAGAUUCUCAAAUUAUCAGUUUUUUGUUAUAUUUUAUCAGGUUUUCUGUUUGCAAUUAUAAUUUUUUGAUCUUUGCGCCAAUGGACGCUCAUACGUAAUUAUCAGUUUUUUU